GCAUCGGGAAGAGGUGACAGAGCCGCUCCGGUCCUAGAAGUGAGGGGCACAGUGACGGCUGGCAAGAUGUCAGCAGAUGAAGGUGCACAGGACACCUUGCGGCUCCAGUUCAAGGCCAUGCAGGAGAUGCAGCACAAAAGGUUGCAGAAGCAGAUGGAGAAACAAAAGGAAACGGAACUGAGACUCGAAAGCAAAGUUGAUGACCAAAAAGAGCCCUUGGAGAUCUCCGAUGGCCUCAGCCUUCUCCAAGCCAGGGAGCAAAACUCGAAAAACAGCUUUGAGCAGAGGAUGCUUGAAGAGGAGGUCACACACCUUCGAGAGCAGCUCAGGGAGACGGUAGAUGAAAAUGGGCGAUUGUAUAAGCUGCUGAAGGAGAGGGACUUUGAAAUCAAGCACCUCAAAAAGAAAAUAGAAGAAGACAGAUUUGCCUUCACAGGGACAGCUGGUGUGGCCGGGGACAUGAUCGCCACCAAAAUCGUCGAGCUGUCCAAAAAGAACCGGGCACUGAUGGCAGAGUCAGAGGGUGCGAAAACCAGAGUGAAGCAACUGAGCAAUCGCGUCCGGGAGCUGGAGCGGGAACUACAGGCGGCCCAGGCCAGGCUACCAGCCAAGGUGGCCACCGACGCGGGAACCAAGACACCGAGGGCUCAGAUAGGAGACAGAGCCUUGCCAGAGACCCCAGAGGUGAAGGUCUUGCAGGAGAGGCUGGCAGCCACAAACCUGAAGAUGAGUGAACUCCGCAACCAGAUCCAGUCCGUGAAGCAGGAACUCCGGAUGGCCCAGAAGGUUUUAACCAGUGAGGUUGGGGAAGAUGUGAAUGUCCAGCAGCUCCUGUCCUCUCCAGGGACCUGGAGGGGUCGGGCUCAACAAAUUCUCGUUUUGCAAAGCAAGGUUCGUGAGCUUGAGAAGCAGCUGGGACAGACCCGGAGCCAGUCUGCAGGAGCGUCCAGUUAUGAGCCGUCUAUCCAUCCAGACCCAAGGAAGCUGUCUGCCCAGGAGAAAAACCUGCUGAGGAUUCGCAGCCUGGAAAGGGGAAACCAGGAGGGCUGGGAGAAACUUGUGGGCGAGCGGGAUGGCCUCCAGAGAGAGCUUGAAGAACUGAAAAGAAAGUUUGAGGGCGUGAAGUCCAGGAACAAGGUGCUGUCAAGUGAAGUGAAGACCUUGAGGAAUCAGAUGGGAACACUGGUGGAGAAGGGCAGGCAUGAUGAUGAGCUCAUCGACGCCCUCAUGGACCAGCUGAAGCAGCUACAGGAGAUCCUGGGCAGCCUGAGUCAGCAGGAAGAAAAGACACGGGUGUCCCAGAUCCGCCAGGACCAGCAGGUCAACAGUGAGGCUCAGCAGACCAGCAGCCUCAUUGCCCAGCUGCGGGCCAUGGUGGCCGAGAGGGAGGCCAAGGUGCAGCAGCUGGAGGUAGAGAUCGGCCAACUUGGUGUGCAGUAUCUUCGGAAUAAAGGAGUGGGCGAGGGGUCCAGUGGGCCUGAGGUCAACCCCACCUACACUAAGUUCCUGGAGGACCCAGGCCAGACCCAGGCCCCUGCCUCAGCAGGCGAUCACGUUGGCAGGCUUGGAUCUUCUCGCUCCGUGACCAGCCUGGGCCACACGCUGGUGGAAUCUGCCCUCACAUGGCCUUCUCUGCCCAGUCCUCAUGGGCCCUCAACCAGGUUCUCGGACUCCCAAGAACAAAAGGGCUGGCAGGCACAAGUGACAGAGCUCAAGGCCCUCUGGCAGGCUGCUGAGGUGGAACGCGACCGGCUCACCGAGUUUGUCACGGUCCUACAGAAACGGGUGGAGGAAAGCAACAGCAAGCUCUUAGAAUCUGAGAAGAAGCUGCAGGAGGAGCGGCUACGCACCGUGGUGCUGGAGCAACACCUGGAGAAGAUGCGCCUAGAGCCUGGGAGGACACCAGUCUCCCAAAGAGCAGCCCCCAGGAGCAAAGCAGGUGUGCCCACCUCCAAAACCAGGCACAACCCGAAUGGGAGUGAAAGGAAGGACCCCUCCUUCACCCAGCUCUCCAGUGUGCCCAUGGAAUCGCAGAUGGAGGAGCUGACCACCAGGCUGGCCAUCCAGGUGGAGGAGAAUGAGAUGCUGAAGGCUGCCCUGGGCAGCGCCCUGCGUGGAAAGGAGGAGGAUUUCCAUAUGUAUCACGAGACCCUGGGCCAGGUGAAAGGGGUCUUCCUGCAGGCCCUGCGGCAGCAGAAGGCGGACAAGCACUAGG